AUGACAAGCGUGCCUCAAAAUGCACCUUUCACACAAACUGUGGCGCGCGCAAUGAGGGCACUAUAUCCAGAGGAGCUAGCCGACCGGGCAUGGGAUAACGUGGGCCUUCUACUUGGAAACAUGGACGAGCAGGGCCAGCGAUCUUUGGGUCUUGAUGUUACGCCGGAAGAGAAGACGGUGCUCCUCACAAACGACCUCACUCCUGCGGUCGCAGACGAAGCUGUGAGGCAGAAGGCAUCCGUCGUCGUGAGCUAUCACCCAUUCAUCUUCAGAGGACUCAAGUCCGUAGAUGUGACAGAUCCCCAGCAGCGGAUCCUUCUGCAGCUAGCCCAGAGAAACAUCGCCGUUUACUGCCCUCACACGGCGGUCGAUGCUGUCCCUGGGGGCCUGAACGACUGGCUUGCAGAUAUGCUCUGCGGUCCCUCUGGCGACAAGGCACGCUCCGUCGCCCAGCCUACAUCAGCACCGCCUCCUGCCGGUUUCGAGGGGUCCGGAUACGGCAGAACCGUGGAAUUCGCCCAGCCGGUGCUCGUGACCGAGCUUGUCCGCCGCCUUGCCACGGGACUCGGUGGUCUCAAAUACUUCAUGGUGGCUGCUCCCAAGCAGCCUGACCCUUCAGCGAGGCGCGUGCAGUCCGCCGCGGUGUGUGCUGGGUCUGGAUGGGAUGUGCUCAAGAACUGCGCCGUGGAUGUCUUGGUGACAGGGGAGAUGAGCCAUCACAAUGCGCUGCGUGCCGUCAUGGAGAAUAAAGUUGUCAUCACUGUGUUCCACAGCAACUCAGAGCGGGCAUAUCUGCGCCAGAUAAUGCAACCAGCUCUGGAGGCGCAACUUCGAAAGUCGGGCGAGGCGGCAAAGGUCCUGGUCAGCGGUGUCGACGCGGAUCCCUUCGAGAUAUGGGACGUCGAUAAUCUUGGCACUGCUGAGCCAGUGUCAUAA